UACCAGAAUAAACUAGGUCAAUUUCCAAGCUAAUCUCUCUCCAAUUCCAAAAAUCGAACAAACUCAUCUCCGUUGUGAAUUGCUUCUUCCAAUCCCAAAAUGGCUCUCGCCGCUCGUUCCCUCUCGAGAUCCACUCGCCAGUUGUAUGCGGGGCAAAGUGUUCUCCGUUCGGAGUAUGCUAUUCCGGCGCGUUCCUUUGCUAAAGGAGCUGGCGGCGCUCCUGCCUCAUUGAAGGGCGAUGAGAUGUUGAAGGGUAUAUUUCUUGACGUUAAGAAGAAAUUCGAGACAGCCAUAGGGAUCUUAAGGAAAGAGAAGAUCACCAUUGCUCCUGAAGAUCCUGCUGCUGUGACCCAGUAUGCCAAAGUCAUGCAGACUAUAAGAGAAAAGGCUGAUCUUUUUUCUGAGUCACAGAGGAUCAAGCACACAAUUGAUUCACGAACACAAGACAUUUCUGAUGUUCGAUCCUACUUGCUAGCCGUGAAGGAUAUAAGGGUGAAGAGAGGCCUUAUUGAUGAUCUAGGCGCGGAGACUAUGAUGAUGGAUGCACUGAACAACGUUGAGAAGGAACUGAAGAAACCUCUCCUGAGAAACGACAAAAAGGGGAUGGGCCUGCUGAAGGCAGAAUUUGACAAGGUCAACCAAAAGCUUGGCAUUCGCAAAGAAGAUCUGCCCAAACUUGAGGAGCAGUUAGAACUUAAACUUGCGAAAGCCCAACUUGAAGAGCUGAAGAAAGAUGCUCUUGAAGCAAUGGAAACUCAGAAGAAACGGGAAGAGUUCAAGGACGAAGAAAUGCCCGAAGUGAAGUCACUAGACAUCAGAAACUUCCUCUAGACUGAAAUUUGCCCCUAUUGUUUUUGCGUUAUUCUCUCUUGGGCAAUCUCCUAUUUGGGAGAUUUUUUCUGCUGUCUGAUUGAAGAGGAACAGACAUAACAAGUCCAGCCUUGGUUUAAUAAUAUAGUAUGUCAGGAAUUUUCUCAGACAUACAUUGAAAAAGUGUGUUAUCGAUGCUCAUGUUUCUUGUUUAGUUCAUCUUGUCUUGAAACAAACAGUGGCUGUGCUGUAUUGAGCUUUAAUAGUUAUCAAAUUAAUGAAUUGACAGAGUUAUCGAACA